UUUGUCUGUAAUGAUGGCUGUCUUCUAACUGUGCAACCAUUCGAACUAUGAUAUACUGAGUCAUGAUCAAGUGCUUAUUAAUUGAGUUGGUUUAAAAUAAAUUUUCUGAUAAGUAAUUUUAACAUGAAUAUAUAAUAAAAGUUAGUAAUAAAUAUAGUUGAAUUACAAGCUUUAUGUACAAUACUUUAUAAUUUUUCUAGGCCUAAUAGCUGUUUAAUUAAUUUAUAAUCUUUUCUGUGUUGUUAUUGUUAACUAAGAUCUCUGCUGAAAGUAAGCAUAAAAGGCGUCCAGCACCAAGUGUACCUGCUAAACAACAAAUAACUCAUCGACAUUUAUCACCUUUUGCCGAUGUACCUGACAAGGUACAGUCUUCUAGUUGUGUAACACUACCAAGUAAGAAAAAUGAUAAUAAAAAAUUGGACGAUAAACGAAAUUCAGUUGUUGGAUCUCAGGCAAAUAGGGACUCAAUUAGUAACUGCUCUCAAGAAUUACGGAGUAAAUCAUUUAUUGUGAAAGAUAAAUCAAAUUCACACAAGCGUAAAUCGUCUACCAUGGUGAAUUCAAAUACAAAGAAGGAAUCCGAGAAAAAAUAUCGUUCUCCUGCACCACCACCACCACCACCACCACCACCACAAAUACUUCCAAGUCUCAAUAAACCUGUUAAUGGUAAUGAUCCAAACAUGCCCAAGUCAACACAUAAAGACUCUCGUAAAUCUGAUUCGAACUUGCUUAAAACGGAUAGUCGCCUAGAUGAUGAAUUCAUAAAAGAAGGCCGCAAAUCAAAUAAAGGCUCAGCGCCCAAAAAUCAUUCUCAAGAAAUAGUUACAAAGCCAAGUGUUGUCGAUGUUGUGAACAAUCAAUCAAAUUCUCAUGAGUAUAAACCAUCUACCACAAUGACGUCCAUUACAAAGAAGGAAUCUGAGAAAGAAUGCCGUUCUGCAAUACCACCGCCACCGCCACCUCCCUCACCACCACCUCCUCCACCAGCUCCAUCGUCUUUACAACGGAACUCCACUAUGCGUGCUAAUUAUUCGGAUCCAUCACUUAAAGAUUCAGAUUCAGGAGUGGAACCUACCAAAAGAUUAUCAUCAACAAUUUCAACUAAUCCUAAAAAUAAUUUACAAUCUCCUAGUGUAGAAAUGCUUACAGAAUUGACAAAUGCUUUCAAAUCUUUAAGAAAAACUAACAGUAUAAUGGAUGGUGAAAAUGUAGACUUUUCAAAAAAACUUCCGGUAAAUCGAGGUAAACUUAUUUCAGCUAUUCGACAAAAUCCACCUGAUAAUUCAAAUAAUGCACAUGAUAAGUCGAACAAUGUAAUGCCAUCGGUUAUAGAAUCCGAUGAUUGUUGUUCUGUGGACACAUCGUCGUAAUUAUCAUCGAAUGCUUUGAAACCUUAACCUUAAUGAUAAUAACCAAUUCCAAGUAAUGUCAAUCAAUGUGAAAAAGUCAUAAAGGUCUUUCAUAAAGAUCGAAUAUUCUGUUGGAUCUUCAAAUUUAUUUAUUUUGUUUUCCUUACUUACACACAUACAUACACACACACACACAUAAACACAUUUGUUUUAAUUUAAUAAGAUGGUUUCUUUUUGUUUGUUUUGAAUCAAAUAAGAAAAAAAAACUCCUAAUCUAAUGUAACAUAAUCCACUUAUUCUGUUAUUGUUAUCAUUUAUUAUACUUUAAAUUGUCAAAAAUCUUCAGUUAUAUUUAUGAUUGAAUAAUAACUCAUUUUGUUGCUUGCUUAUAUACUAUGUCAAUGACUUAUGAAAAUUACAUUUUAUCAUGUUUGAUAUUUUUUACUAGUUUCUCAAGUUUGUUUUUUUUAAAUCAUGUACACUUAUCUAAUCUCUUUUUUUUUUUCAAAUCAACCGUCAUUUCGAUUGAAGUAUCAACCUUUCAGGUAUACUUUUCAUAGAUAAAAAUGUUUACAUGAUUUUAAUGAAUCCUUUCGAUGAACAAUUUCGACUUAUUGUUUUGAAAUGAUAAACUAGUUUUAAUAUCCAAAUAUAAUAUUGUGAUUAUU